AUCCUCCUCCUCCGGCAACAUCGAGUAUCUCAAGCAAGCGAGCCUUCCAUAGCCACUUCUUGAUUACUCCUCUUCUUUCAUCAUCCUCUCUUCAUUCCUAAUUUUCAUUCACACCGCUUUCCGACUUUGACAGUCAGGAUCAUCGAUUUACGCUUUUCAACCCUUUGACCGAAAGCUACCAAUUUUUUACGCAUUUUUUUUUUACAGCAGCCUUUGAUAGCCUGCCGAUAAUUCGCUACCGCUACCACUUUGAUCAUUUUCUUCCACUUUGUCACCCGCACAAGCUUAAUCACUACACUUAAUUGUUUCGACCGACAAACACUUUACAAUAAUGUCUCAAUCACCAUCUGGAACCACCUUCAAGCUCCGAACUCCCCCUCACAUCAAGUCAUGCCACCUUGUCGGCUCUUGGGAUAGCUAUGGGAAGCGAUACAAUAUGGCCGCCGAUACCGCAGCAGGCGCAGGAUGGUGGAAGUUGGCCCUCAAGUUCUCCACUUCAGGGAUGACAAGAUUUUGGUACUACUAUGUCCUCGACGGAUACUUUGAGUCCCACGAUCCCAACAAGCCAACUUGCAAGGAACCCACUCGCGGAAUCACCCUCAAUAUCCUUGAUUGCGGCGCAGCUUCCUCCCCCACUCCUUCAAGUGCCGGCUCCUGGUCCUCGUCUAGUUCCCAUAGCUCUCGCUUCCCAUCUCCCUCCUCGUCUGUCUCACCCGUCUCUUCAUCUUCGGGCAAGAGCCAUCGUUCUCGACCAAGAAUCUCGGACCCUGUCCUCCAAGGCUCCACCGCACUUCCUCCCAACUCGCACUCACACCGCCGCCGCAAUUCCCCUCCUCCGGCACGCCCGGCUUCUCACAUCGUCCAACCAAUCCCUCGCAAUCCUCUCACCCAGCACAAGUUGACCCUUGACACUUCAUGCCGACCAAUCUCGAUGAUCACUACUGCAGCCACAACUGCCGGUGACUCUCCCAUUUCGGCAUCUUCAUCCCGCUCUGCAUCAUCCCUCGGAUCGUUCUGUUCUUCGUGCUCAUCUGGCUCCACAGUUUUCUCCGAGGACUCACCAACCACACCUAUUUGCCACUGCGGUGGAUUCGAGUCCGGAUGCGAGAGCGAGGGCGAGAGCUGCUGUUCUGAGGAAAGCUACGAGGACGAACGCGUGGAGUACCAACGCGUCAGAGUUUCGAGGAGAGCCAGCUACCACCCGACCAAGGCCGGCCAUGGCGGGCAAUUGGCUUAUGAGCUCGAGCGCAGACUCAGAAUGUAAAGGGCGUCCCAUUCAGCAACGAUUUCCUGCCUUAUCUUUCUUUCUUUUAUCUUUUUUGGGGUCUUUUCUUUAUAAAAGUCGUUUCACUGGAGUUUGGGGGCGGUUGGGGAAAAAAUGGCUAAAGGCGUUUUUGCUUUGGGGAGUUUAUCAUACACUACUUUUUACCCAUACACUUUAAUCUUCUGCCCUGGCAGGCAGGAAGAGGCGAUAGAAUCAGCCGAGAGAAGUUCAAGGGAAUAGUUCAGACCUUCGCGACCAGGACCAAAGAGGAGGGGUUUCUUUUUUUUUCAUUGGAGCUGGAAACUAAUAUCUACUAAUAUCUUGACGAUAUUGAGAGAGAGAAACGGCCAUCUUUUUGGGGAAUAUUCCUUUAAUCUUUGUUUGAGGCAGGAUUUUACGCUCCUACCACGUUUGUUUUAAACCGGUUCCACCUGUGUUUUCUGUCUGCCGCGGGUACUCUGUCUUUUUGUUUUGUCAAUAGUUUCGCUUUACAUCUUGUUUUGGGCAGGAGUUGGGGGCUCUUUUCUUUGAUUCGUUCGAUACAUUAGUCUCAUUAAUUUUAUGUCUAUAGAUGAAGAGGAAUGAGAUGACGAGAGGAAGAAGGAAUGAAUAAGAAUAAACAAAAAACUACCUGUU